ACGUUUCUACUUCGGAGCUGGAGCGGAGUAGUAAGCGUGGAGCCGCGCUUUGGAGGCGCAGCAGACACCGCAACAAUGGCCCCGAAGGUAUACCGAAGGGAGUAUUUCAUUGCUGCUCUUUGAUGACUCUGAAUCUCACAGCUGCUUAGUUGUGUCUCCCAGCGGCGAGAAGCAAACAGACGGACAUUUUGGAUAGUUCUGCGUUGUCUCCGGGGCUUUUACAACAUGUCUUCCGCGGCGGUCGCUGCCUCCAGAAGACAGUCCUGCUAUUUGUGCGAUUUACCCCGCAUGCCUUGGGCCAUCAUCUGGGAUUUUACCGAGGCAGUGUGCCGGGGAUGUGUCAAUUACGAGGGCGCCGACCGAAUCGAGUUUGUUAUAGAGGCUACAAGACAGCUGAAACGGGUGCAUGGCUUCCCGGAGGGCCGCUCUGCCGGCCCGGGGAAGUCCCACCACGCCUCUGACCCGGGCUCCCGUCCGCCGCAAACUCUAGACCGAUACCCGGUGUCUGAGAGGCCACCCCGCUUAGGUGUGGAGUACCCGGCGGGCAGGCAGACGAACGGCUUCCCCAUCCCGAACGGAUAUCCAAAACCCGACGAUCCACCGGAGCUCCCCAACUCCCGCAGGACUAGCUCAGUUCCUCCCAUUCUGGUGCCUUUGGUUAACGGCGGCAUUUCCGCUGUUCACCCGCUUAACGGCCGUCCGGGUCAGAUGAGUCUGGUCGUUUCGGGUCCCGUAGAUCACGGGAAGCGCCACGAGGAGCUGAAGGACAAACAGAGGCCGGACAGCAUGUCGGACAUGUCAGAAAGCCACAAGGAGUGGGGAGGCAAAGGCAAAACGGUGAGGGACCUGAUGGCGCUGCAGGACGGACGGUUUACCAAGGACCACGCCGCCAUGCAGCGGAUCAUGGCGUACGAGGCUGGCGCCACUUCUUCAAAAACAGACCGAGGGAAGCAUACUCGGCCUGCAAAAAGAAAAGCCUCCCCAGAGCCAGAGGGUGAGGGCAGCGCCGCCAAGAUGAACAGCAGCGAGGGUCAACCAUGGCCCUCAUCUUCUCUGACAAGCUUUUCAGCUGCUGCAUCACCCCACUCUACUGAAGCUGCCACUGCACAGAGUGUCCGGUCACCGAUGGCGGCGCUCAUCCACGCCACCGACAACGCAGGAAGCUCCGGCUCGCUCAAAGACGCCGCGGCGGCUGCCCGGCUGAACAGCAGCAGCCCCGCGUCGCCUUCCUCCUCUUCCCAGAGGAGACCACCUCAAAGGGAAGGGUCUGCUCCCCCUGGAUCCAGCGGCAUGGACCCCCCGCCGCUUCAGAGCCUCUCAGACUCCUCUGCGGCGCCCGGUGGCGCGCCGCUGUGCUGCACUCUGUGCCACGAGCGGCUGGAGGACACGCACUUCGUCCAGUGCCCAUCUGUUCCCGCUCAUAAGUUCUGCUUCCCCUGUUCGUGCGACAGCAUUAGGCAGCAGGGUGCCACUGGGGAGGUGUACUGUCCGAGCGGGGAGCGGUGCCCGCUGAUUGGCUCCAACGUGCCCUGGGCCUUCAUGCAGGGCGAGAUCACCACCAUCUUGGCUGCAGAUAUAAGGGUGAAAAAAGAGAGAGAUCCUUGAACUUACCCGACGUCCAGCUCAGUCAGCCGGCAAGUUGACCCAUUUGUCAACAUCCGAUCCGAGGAACCUGUUUUAGUUUGUUCUAUAGGGCUGGGUGAUAAAUCGAUUUUAUGCUGCAAUAUGUAACUUUUAUAAAAUAUAUAUUUUUUACGCUUGUAUCAUAACUGUUAAUAUGAGUCAGAUAAUCUGUGAAAAGAUCGAUUUACUCCACCUCCUCCUUGAGCUACUACUGCUGUCUGAAGAAAUGCACCGUUACCAACCAAAAACAACCAAUCAGAGCCAGGAGCAGGGUCUUAGCGCUGUCAAUCAUUCUCAUGUACGCCACUCAGUGUUCUAAUAGUGUAGAAACAACUUAACAUUACAAUUUAGCAUUCACAACAGGAUCUGCUAGCAAAGAGCAAUCAUGUAAUUGACAGUGCUAAGACCCGCCUCCUGGCUCUGAUUGGUUGUUUCUAGCUAGCACUGGGACAUGGCAGAGGAGCUCUUUUUUUUUCAUAGGUUUUCUGUCUCAUACUAAACUGUCACAUCAUAUUGAAACUUUUAACAAUUGUUUCAACAGUGUAAAAAAAAAACUUUAUAAAAGCUACAUACUGCAGCUUUAAUGUUUGGAAAAUCUGAAUUUUAUUUUAUUUUUUCACCCAUCUCCUCCUUGGGUUUUCGUAGUUAAGAAUGAUGUCAGCACGCCCAAGGCCGCCAUCUUGUUUGACAAGCAUGUUUUACAACUUUGGACUUUAAAUUCAGCUUAACUGUACCACAAAAUAUUCGGGCUAGGGUAAGAUUUAUUAUUUUAAAUAACCAGAAUAAAGUUGUAAUAUUACAAGAGUACGGUUGUAGUAAUACGAGAAUAAAGUCGAAAUAGUACAAGAAAUAAACAUUAUUGUUUCCAGAAUCAAGUUGUAAUAUUAGCAAAACUACUACACAAAAUAUGAGAGAAAGUUAAAAUGAAGAAUUUUGACCAUUUUAUCAAGUUAUUUGCUAUUGGUUUUGCAAAUAAGGAAAUGCUUAAUUUUUAAACACAUCGGCAUCAAAUUAUUAUGAGAAGAAUACUAAGUCAUUUGUAAUUUCUUUUUUAGAAACAAAAGUGAAUAAAAUGGGAUUUUAUUCUCAAAAUAAAUUGCUCAGCCCUAGUUUUUUUUCAGUUUGUGUUUAUUUUUAUGCUUGAAAAUUAAUUGGUAUGUACUUUUCAUUCACUAUCACGUCUGUUUGUGUUUUUAUCAGAGCGGCUCUUCGUACGUAGAAAAUUACUAAUUUGAGCACUUGACUAAAAAGCUAAAUAAAAAGUCAAUAAAAUAUGCUCCAAGCUGUAAAUGUAUGCACUUGUUUAAUGGGGAAUAAAAGCCAAAUACAAUUUCAAAUCUUUAAUACCA